ACUUUGCUUAGUAAUGAUGAAAAAAAUAAAAGCGAUGAUUUAAGAUUUGGAAUAAGGACGUGGCGUCCAGAUUGCAUUCAAAAAUUCAACUCUAUAGUAUAUUUUUUAUUUGCACUUUGCCUUUUCUCAUUUUCCCAAGAACCAAAUACGCACAAUAAUCAAAGCGCUAGUAUUGAUCUAACUCUCGCUACAAUCAAAUAUCAUUGAUUGGUAUUCAAAAAGUGGUUUUUGCUGGGAGUUUUGGGAUUUUUUAAAAUCAACUUUGAGCAUCAAUACACUCGGUUAUCAUGGAUACUGAUAAUUCCAACCUAGCUGACCCGAGAAUGCCACUUAUAUGGAAAGUUAGCGUACAUAUCAAGGUGCAGUGGUUAAUGGCAUAGUUACAGCAUCGAUAGCAAGUAUUGAAAAAGAAUUCGGUUUAAACAGCAAAGUAAUAGGAAUAAUAGUUUCUGGGAAUGACGCAUCAUCUCUUAUGGUUGUAGGCUUUGUUAGCUUUUUUGGUUCAGUGCAUAACAAAGCGUUUAUGAUAUCAGUAGGUGCUUUUAUUACAGGUUUUGGAGCGUUAAUGUUUGCACUGCCCAAAUUUAUUUCCGGUGAUUACUAUCCAAAAAAUGUAAUACAAAAUGAAAUAGAUAUUUGCAGACUAAACAAAACAACAAUGGAUUGUGAGAUAAUGCCAGUGAACAACAUUAAUGCUGUGGUAUUCUUCAUUGCAAACUUUAUUAUGGGAGCUGGAACAACACCGUUGUAUACUUUAGGUCCUGCUUACUUAGACGAAAAUGUUUCACCAAAAGUUGCGCCAAUUUGUAUUGGUGUGUUGUUUGCAUCAUCAAUUUUAGGGCGCGGUUUUGGUUAUAUAAUAUCUAGUGUUUUUCUGAGAAUCUUUACAAAUAUUCAUCAGAAAACACUGCUUACAGUGAAAGACAGCGAAUGGGUAGGUGCAUGGUGGCUAGGCUUGUUUUUGAUGUUUAGCUUAUUGAUAAUUUCUGGAUUUUUACUUUUAUUUUUUCCUAAACAACUACCUGGUGGAGUAGAAAAACGAGAACUUGCUAAACAACAAGGAAACCUACCGCUAUCAGACUCUAAUGUAAAAUAUACCAUAAAAGGUUUUAUAGUUGAAAGCUUUAAACUUCUUAAAAACAAAGUUUUCAUGUUUAGUAUUAUGGGACUUACUGCUAAAACAUUGUAUGGUGUAAGUAUUGGGACUUUUUUUGCAAAACUACUUAUCAUAAAGUUUGGAGUUUCUCCUGAUAAAGCAAGUAUGAUAUUAGGAGCGGUGUUGCUCCCUAUUAUGAUGGGAGGUGUGCUUGGAGGAUCUUUUAUGAUGCGCAAAUGGAAGCUAAAAGCAGCCGGAAAAACUUCUAUGAAGUUUUGUUUUAUUGCAUCAGUUGUUGGAGGAAUAUUUUCUGUAUUGUUUCUUAUACCUGGGUGUAGAAAUACAAACCUAGCUGGUGUAAUAGUACCAUAUCCAAACCAAAUGUUAGAAAACUCAUUGAAUUCACAAUGCAAUUCAAAUUGCACCUGUUCAGAAAAAAACUAUCUUCCAGUAUGUGGCUCCGAUGGCAUCACUUAUAGUUCGCCAUGCUAUGCAGGUUGCCAGACUCUUCAAAAAGAAAAAGGAAAGGUAGCAUAUUUUCGAAAUUGUAGUUGCGUAGCCAACUCGAAUAAGAAAAGUUUUAAUUUUACAGAUCAGUAUAAUUAUGCAACUCCUGGGAAAUGUGAACGCAACUGCAAAAACGCAUAUAUAUUUGUUUUGAGUACAGCUUUUGUAAUAGCAUUGUCAUUUUUAGCAGGGACGCCACAUAAAAUUGCUGUUCUUAGAUGUGUUCCCGAUAACCACCGUGCAUUUGCAUUAGGAAUGCAGUUCAUGAUAAUGCGAUCUAUUAGCUUUUUACCUGGACCUAUCAUUCUAGGUGCGGUUAUUGACUCGCAAUGCAUAACCUGGUCAUACGGUGAAUGUGGUAAAAAACUCAACUGCUUAGACUACAACUCUGAUCGUCUUUCUUUUAAUCUUGUAUUGUUUGGGGUAGCAACAUCCGUGGUUGGUUCUAUACUGUACUUUUUGGCAUGGUGGUGUUACCCAAAACUAUCAUCAGAUAACGACAUCAAGUUUUCAGAAUUAAAAGACAAUGUGAUAAACUAACUCACUAGGAAACAUUUAAUAAAAUUGUUAGCAGAUUAACUUGCUUCACUAGUUUAACAACUCAGUCAACUGAUUAACAAAUACAAACCUGACAGCAUUACACACACAAACACACACACACAAACACACAAACAUAUAUGCUGAGGUUAUUAAUUUACAAAAACGGAUAACUUUAUAAACUACACAUAAUAUGUAUAUAUAUAUAUAUAU